AUGAUCUGCGCCUUCGUAUCGGCGCGCGCACUCGUUAGGAAAGAGAAGAAGCAUCGAUUUCGGUCGAACACGGUAGGCAAUAUCCUUUCGACCUGGCUGAUUUUUGGAGAUUUCACUUUUGGUUUAGGAUGUCGUGCGACACACGUUUCCACCAAAUUGGUACCUGUCAUACCUUUUCCAUUAAGAGUUGUUGCAUGUCUUCUUACUCGGUCUCCUCCGGUUGCCAUCCUUGUGGCUGUAUGGAGGCUGUUGAGAUUUGUUUUUUGUAAAAAUGCAUUUCCGAUAUUACCUUUUUCUUUUAGUUUCACACACACGCCGAGCCCGAGGUAA